AUGGCUACAGAUUGCGAGCGGCCGCCUGACUGGGCUGCCGCCAGUUGCUUGGACAACUUGCGCCAGUAUCGAGACAUCACCAGCCGAGAGGUGGAGCGGGUCAGGCGAAACCUGAACGGGCUGUCGGACGAUGACAAAGCUUCACUGGUCAGGAAGCCGGAGGAGCAGGUGAAAGCGAUGGAAGAGGCACCGCAAGCGCAUCGCAACAAUCGCUGUCAUACCAAGGCGACGUUGAUGUUCUGCCUGGAGCCUGAUGAUGUUGCAGGCAUACCAUGA